AUGCAAGGGAUCCAUUUUACCCUAAAUCGUAUUCUCUUCUCCAACUCCACAAACGCGCAGCGCCGUCCUCCUUCAACCUCCGCGCUCCGCCGUCCUCCUUCAACCUCCGCGCCGCCGCCGUCGUUCCCGUUCAACCUCCGCGACGCCGUCGUUCGCCUUCAACUUCGCGGGCGGUGUCGUCCUCCUUCAGUCCUUCCCCAGUUCCCCUUCAACUCCGAGACGCCGACCUCCAUCUGGCUGCUUCAAGAACCGUCGCCGUCCUCCAGCGCUGGCUAA